AGCCAGAGUGUGGGAGAGAGAGGGAGGAUGGUGCCGCGCGAGCAUGGCGGGGAGGAGUCCAUCGUGGCGGCCGGCAACGGCAAGGAGGAGGAGGUCGGGGUGAUGGGCGUCAGCGGCGCCGCCGACGGCGACGACGAGGAGCAGCACGGCGGCGGCAAGUUCAGCGUCACCAGCUUCCUCUGGCACGGCGGCUCCGUCUGGGACGCAUGGUUCAGCUGCGCAUCCAACCAGGUCGCCCAGGUGCUCCUGACGCUGCCCUACUCCUUCUCGCAGCUGGGCAUGGUCUCCGGCAUCGUCCUGCAGCUCUUCUACGGCUUCCUCGGCAGCUGGACCGCCUACCUCAUCAGCGUCCUCUACGUCGAGUACCGCUCCCGCAAGGAGAAGGAGGGGGUCAGCUUCAAGAACCACGUCAUACAGUGGUUCGAGGUGCUUGAUGGGCUGCUGGGCCCGUACUGGAAGGCGGCCGGCCUCGCCUUCAACUGCACGUUCCUGCUCUUCGGCACCGUCAUCCAGCUCAUCGCCUGCGCGAGUAACAUCUACUACAUCAACGAUCGGCUGGACAAGCGGACAUGGACGUACAUCUUCGGCGCCUGCUGCGCCACCACCGUCUUCAUCCCCUCCUUCCACAACUACCGGAUCUGGUCCUUCCUCGGCCUCGGCAUGACCACCUACACCGCAUGGUACCUCACCAUCGCCGCGCUCGUCAACGGCCAGGUCGAGGGCGUCGCGCACACCGGGCCCAAGAAGCUCGUGCUAUACUUCACCGGAGCCACCAACAUCCUCUACACCUUCGGAGGACACGCAGUCACUGUUGAGAUCAUGCACGCGAUGUGGAAGCCCGCCAAGUUCAAGUACAUCUACCUUCUGGCGACGCUGUACGUGUUCACGCUGACGCUGCCUUCGGCGUCGGCCAUGUACUGGGCGUACGGCGACCAGCUGCUGACCCACGCCAACGCGUUCGCGCUGCUGCCCAAGACGGCGUGGCGGGACGCGGCGGUGGUGCUGAUGCUCAUCCACCAGUUCAUCACCUUCGGCUUCGCGUGCACGCCGCUCUACUUCGUGUGGGAGAAGGUGAUCGGGAUGCACGACACCAAGAGCCUGUGCCUGCGCGCCCUGGCCAGGCUCCCCAUCGUCGUCCCCAUCUGGUUCCUCGCCAUCAUCUUCCCCUUCUUCGGGCCCAUCAACUCCGCCGUCGGCGCCCUCCUCGUCAGCUUCACCGUCUACAUCAUCCCCUCCCUAGCUCACAUACUCACAUACCGCACUGCCUCCGCGCGCGCAAACGCAGCGGAGAAGCCACCGUUCUUCCUGCCGAGCUGGACGGCGAUGUUCAUGAUCAACGCCUUCAUCGUGGUGUGGGUGCUGGUGGUCGGCUUCGGGCUCGGCGGCUGGGCCAGCAUGGUCAACUUCGUGCGGCAGAUCGACACCUUCGGCCUCUUCGCCAAGUGCUACCAGUGCCCCAAGCCGGCCGUCAUCGCCGCAGCGCCGUCGCAGCACUAGGUCGAUCGUCGCGUGCAUGCCACCGAAGGGGACGAAGCAAAGGAGCUUGAUCUUCCCCUCUCCCGGCACAGCACGGCGCAACAACACCAGUAAUGUCGCUAGGUUUUGGUCGCCUUGUAAUAUACAAGCCUAGGGUGUCAGUGAGUCACACCACAGUAGAACAGGGCGCUUCCUGGGGUCGGUCCCUAGGACCUCGCCCCGGCCCGUCAGCCAGUUGCUUCCCCCACCCCCGAUCGAUCCGUUGGUAAUGUUUGUGUUUGGCUUGCUCCUCCGAUAUGAGUAUAUGUGAUGGUCGUCGAUCAUGGCUUAUAAGACUUGCAGCUCAUGUGAGAUUUCAUAUGAUGAUGAUAUUAACAUAUCAUGUAGGGUUCACUCU